CCAACCGCUAAGAAGGUUACUCAGCUCGAUAUGGAGAGCCCGCGGGAAUUGUCGCGGAGAGAACGAGAAGAGAUUGAAAAGCAGAAAGCCAAGGAAAGGUACAUGAAGAUGCACCUGGCGGGGAAAACGGAACAGGCAAAGGCCGACCUCGCCCGGCUAGCCAUUAUCCGGAAACAGAGGGAAGAGGCAGCCAAGAAGAAGGAAGAGGAGAGAAGAGCUAAAGACGAUGCAGCCCUGACAGGCAAGCGGAUGCAGUCGCUGUCCCUCAACAAGUAAAAGGCCGGCCACCCAAAGAGGAGG